GCUAUCAUUCAGUAUCAGGGAUCAGUCGCCGACAUCCAGAUACCUAGCGACUCCCAAGUCAAAGUUCUAACAUGGGCUCAAAUGCUCGAACAGUACGCUUCCGAAUACAGUCCCAAACCGGAAAAGGUCCUGGAACGCGAGGCUGCGGUUUCACCUUACCGAUGCUGCACUUUGGUUUACACUUCUGGCACUACAGGGAACCCUAAAGGGGCAAUUCUGACUCAUACGAAUUACAUUUCGAUGUUGAAUGCUGUGAUGUUGUCGGGGAAGCAGUGCUGGUUGAAGAACGAGGACUUGAAGAUCAUCACAUACCUGCCGCUGAGUCAUAUAAUGGCACAAGUGACAGAUAUAGGCACCACGUUCAGCCUCGGAGGAACCUGCAUCUUCGCGAAGCCAGACGCCCUAAAAGGAUCCCUGGCAACCACGAUUGCCGAUCACCGUCCCAGUGUCCUCAUAGGAGUCCCGAGGGUCUAUGAGAAGAUCCAAGCAGGAGUGGAGCAGACGCUCAUGAAGCAGUACGGACUAGUGCGAUGGUCGAUCCGGAAGUGUCUGGACCGGAUGCUGGUUGCAAACGAGUGUGCGAUGAACGGACUGCCAGAGCCAUGGGGAACAUACACUUCGAGGUCUGUGAUCACCUCAUUGAAGAAGAAGAUAGGACUCGACGGGGUCGUGUACUCCAUCUCUGGAGGAGCUCCAUUACUGGAAGACACCCAGAGGUUCUGGCUCAAGCUAGACAUGCCUAUUUGCCAAGGUUAUGGUCUGUCAGAAGUGUCUGGCGCCCAUACUGCCCAGUAUCCGAUCAUGUGUCAGGAAGACUUAGCCGAGUUCGAAGUCGGAUCUGCAGGUAAACCACUGGACCCUCACUACAAAGUGAAGAUAGAUCCAGAGACGGAAGAAGUUCUGCUGGCCGGUCAGAAUGUGUUCAGUGGAUAUCUCAACAGGGAGGAUGCCACGAAGGCUUGUCUGGCCGAAACUGACGGCGAAAUCUUCUUCAAGACAGGAGAUAUGGGGAGGCUGAGCGAGAAGGGACAACUGUACAUCACAGGGCGACUGAAGGAACUCAUCAUCACAGCUGGGGGUGAGAAUGUACCACCUGUGCCCAUUGAAGAGGCUAUCAAGGCCAACUGCGAAGACCUCAUCAGCAAUGUACUGGUUGUGGGGGACAGGAGGAAAUUUCUAGCAUGCUUCAUAACUCUCAAGUGUAAUUUCCGAACGGAUGAAAACGGACAAGAAUGGCCUACCGAUGAGCUUACCAACUGGACUAAGAGAUGUCUGGAACGAGGAGGAAUCACUGGCAUCAGCACUGUCUCGGCCGCCAAAAGCGACGAUCGGAUCAAGAUUAUGGUCGAAAAUGCUAUCAAACACUACAAUGAAACCGAAGCUACGUCCAAUGCACAAAAAGUUCAGAAGUUUGAAAUUCUGGACCAAGAUUUCAGUAUCGCUGCAGGUGAUUUGGGACCCACGUUGAAACUAAAACGAAACGUAGUCGUUCUAAAAUUGAAAGAGGAAAUCGAUAAGUUCUACCCGGAAGAAAAUUAGGGCUAACUUAUGGAAGUAAAUUUAAUAAACUUCUCGAAAAAGUCAUGUGUAGUUAUAUUUUCUAUCGUAUUAUUCCAAUUUCGUUUCAAUAUGAUGCUACUUUCUAUGAUUUCCAGAAUAAUUUAUUGUACUAUAUCA